AAAAUGUUCCCAUAGAACGGCGCAAUAUUUUGUAAUAUAGCUUACAUUUAAAAUAUUAUUUGCAUUUACUGUGAACAUUCUUAGUAAUUCUAUUGCAUUUUCGUGGAUGAAUUUUUAAAGAUUGCUUUAUUUUUAGAUUUUAAAUGAGUCGUGAGUAUUUUUGGGCGUUUGCGCUGCGUUCCAGCGCAAGGUAAGAAGUAGACAAGAUGGCGGCCAUUCAGUUGACAGUGGGAGAAUAGAUGAGUUUGAAAGAUUGCCAAUCAUUGUUAUUUCAUCUUCUCAUCUGCAAGUGAUGAAACGACAGCAAGACAGAGACGUCUCACCUCGUAGCAAGCGUAUGAGAAGCAGCUAUGGAACGAGUGAUCAUGAAUUAAAUAGGAAUAUACUAAGCCCAGACAUGGAUCGUCGCGAUGGCCGUACCACCGUUAGUGCCAGUACAACUGGUUGUGCUGGUUCUGUUAGCGGUAGUAGCGCUGCUGUUGUUACUUCUAAGAUCCUUCCAGCAGGAGCUUCGACAAAUUCUAACCGAGGUGGAACAGCUGGGAAAUCUUAUCGAACGACGUACGACCACGAUGUCGAACAUUCCAGGAAGCCGUAUCGAGAUGAUAGAGUCGGGGGCAGCGGUGAUUACAGUCACAAUUCUUCAUCUUCGUCUUCGUCUCGAUCGACGGCUGACAACAGAGCGCCACCAGCAACAAUCCAGGAACCGUACCGGUCGUUGUGUAUCAGUAACCUCAAUCCCAAGAUUUCGGAAUCCAUUUUGAUUGAAAGAUUAUACUGCGAAUUUGAACGUUUUGGUGUCUUCAACAUCCGGCUCUCCUACGUCGGCGACCAGAUGGUGGCUUACGUGAAUUUUCGUUAUCCUGAAGAUGCACGGGCUGCCAGACACGACAAGUCCAAUAAUUUGGUCCUUUUUGACCGACCCAUACGUGUGGAGCCUGUCUUGAACAAUCGCCGUAGAAGCAACAGUCCGUCUACCACAGACUACAUCUCAAGACCAGGAGCUGCAGCCAUCCUCGCUGUUUCUGAUAGAUUCGCCAACCGAAGUAUUUCACCCGGACUGCCUUUGGUUGCUGGGCGAAGAGCUGGUCGCAACGUGAAUCCUAUCCGAGAUCUACCCAGAGAAAGGGAAUACCUUUAUACAGACUCGAGGCAUGGAAACAUCGAAAAGAACCCGGUCAACCCGCGGCAUCCUUCUCCAGAGACUGAAGAGAAAGCUACUCGGACUUUAUUUGUUGGCAAUCUCGAUCACAGUGUUUCGGAAACGGAAUUACGGAGACACUUCGAACGCUUCGGAGUUGUUGAAGAUAUUGACAUUAAAAGACAGCAGAGAGGACAGGGAAAUCCUUAUGCAUUUGUUAAAUUCAUAAAUUUGGAUUGUGCACAUAGAGCCAAGAUUGAAAUGUCAGGUAAGCACAUAGGUAAGUUUCAAUGCAGGAUUGGUUAUGGUAAAGUGACCCCGACUACAUGUUUGUGGGUCGGAGGCCUCGGCCCUUGGAUCACUUAUUCAACUUUAUAUCGCGAAUUUGAUCGUUUUGGAGCUAUCAAAAGUAUUGUAUGGCCACACAGCAAACCACAUGCUUAUGUUUUAUAUGACAGUAAAGAUGCUGCCCAGGCGGCAUUUCAAGAAAUGAGGCGGAACCCUUUCGGGGAGAAAGACUUCUCGUUAAGGGUUGACUUUUCUGAUUCUAAUCAUAUUCCUUUCCCGUCAACGACUGUUGAUGGUAAAUCCGACAAUGCGGAUCAUAUAAGAGACUUUAGUAAUGCUUCCUAUGGAUGCGGCGAUCAAAGACGGACUGACGGCUUUGUUGAUUCACAUGUAUCGGACAAAACUCGGCCUCGUGAUCCGUGGCACCCGAUCGAGGCCGAUCCCAUUAACGUGUUUAGAAAUCCUGAUAACCCGCGCGAUUUCGAACACAGAGGUAGCAAUCGAAUCGAAGUGAUGGAGCGGGCCGUCAGUCUUCAUGGUGACCGACGUAAAAGAGGACGUUCUCCACCUGAGGAAUUUCUUCUUAAUCAAAAACGAUAUAGGUCUCUCAGCCAAGAACGACCGGAUAUUUACCGUGCUGCCAGAGAGAAUGAAUUCCGCGAGCAAAACAAACCAGACGUUAAAUUACCCCAGGAACUAGCAUCGGACAGAAAUUCAGAGGUAAACAAAAAAGCUCGCCCUCCCACGGAGAAAGAACUCAGCGUGGCGGAGCAUGUGAACAAUUUGGUAGAUUUAGCAAAGUGCUUACCUGUUGCUUGGAACGGUGCUCUUAUAUUAAAAAACAGUGCAUUUCUCGCCCGUAUGCAUGUUGUUAGUGGUGAUGUAACUAUAGUCGAUACCCUAAUGAGAGAUACCACCACAACAGAAACAUCAGUACUUCGUAUCACCCAGAGACUGAGGCUUGACCAACCGAAAUUAGAUGAAGUUGGCAGGCGGGUCACUUCGUCUGGCUCACAUGGACACUGUAUUCUUUUAGCUCUGCCUAGUACAUUACCAAAUUGCGAAGUGGGACAAAUUCAACAAAGACCUUUAAAAAAUUUAGUUAGCUACUUAAAACAGAAAGAAGCUGCUGGUGUAAUCUCCUUGCCACCCAAUCCUUCAAAGGACAAAGAAAAUGUUGGAGUUUUGCAUGCAUUCCCUCCAUGUCAGUUUGGGUAUAACUUUCUUCUUGGCUGCGCCCCUAAAUUACCUGCUGAGCCGAUUAAAGAUGAUUAUUUGGUUGUGAUAGUUGUACGUGGUGCUACAUGAAUGUAAGAACGUAUCACAUCUGUGUUUAACAUCAUUGUAAAGGAUGGAGAAAAACACACACACAUACUCACACAAAGGCCCUACUUUUCUUUUCCCCUUCAAACUUUAUAAAACCAUUAGAAUUAUCAAUUUUUUUUAUACAUCUUCCAAACUUGGAAAUAUUCUUAUCAAAAUUCUAAUGGUUACCCACCCCUUUAAAAGCUCUGUUUUGGGUUAUUUUUUCCUGUAAAAAAAAAAAUAUCAGUUUAAACAAAACUGAAAUGUUUUACUGCCAAUAUAGAUUUUACAUUUUUCUUUUAUGGAGAUGAAUGUUUUCAUAGGAAUUAGCCACAGAACACUUUGGUGCCAAACAAAAGUUUAGAAGGAAAAAAAAAAUAAAUGUUUAACUCUUGGUAAAAUAAUGAAGAUAUUUGAAAUUUUAUAUUGAAUUAUAUCAGUGAAUAACAGAAAAACAGAAUGGAAAAAAAAACAUAAAAACUAUUUCUGAAAUGAUAAACCAGAAGCCAACCAUGAGGAAGAAUGGAAAACUGAAAUAUUCAUAUUCCACAACUCCGGCAGCUCUACCUCAUUGCUAAACUGUGAAGUAUUAUGAAGAAGAAGAAAAAUUAAAACUAAAUAACAAACAGCAAGUCUACAUAGAAAGGACUCUCUUCAUACACCAUCACCACCACUACUAACAUCAUCAUCUUCAUCCUCAUCAUGAAGCAAGUGUCCAGCUGCAAGGCUAGACUGGUUGUUCAAUGGUCAGAAUGUGGCACUACCAAAUCUUCUCUUCAGGCACCAAUGAAAUACUAACCUGAUGGCCUAUAUGCAUUUUAGUAUUCUCUUUCCUGCCGAUCUUCGGGAUUGUUCAGGACCUACAGCAAGUAUUCCACCCAUAUAUGCAUACACAUAAAUACAUACACACUCAUAUACAUGCAAACAAAUAUACAUAUGCAUACAUACCAAAUAUCAAGCUUUUUUUUUUUUUUUCAUUCAAGAACUGGCUUUUAUCUUGGUUAAAAAAUAUCUCAUCUAAAAAAUUAAAAAUUUCAUAACCCAAAGAAAAGCUAGAGUGUUUGGGGAGGUUUUUUUUAAUUUUUUUUUUUUUUAUGAGGAAACAACUAAUGAUUGUUAGUUAAAAGAUGAGGUUCUUAGCCUGGUUUUGUUUUUUUCACAAAAUCAUUUAAAAUAAGAAAAAGAGAAAAAAAAAGCCAUACUUGAACAUUGUUGUCAGCUAUUGCAGUUAAAGCAGCCAUCAAGUGGAGUCACUGGUGGCCAUGCAAGACCUCGAUAACCUAUAUAGGACAAUUGGUUUAAAAACAAAGAAUAAUAUUGAACAAAAAGGACAUUUUACUUUAGUACUAAAAAUAUUUUAUUUAUUUUUUAUUAUUGAAUCAAAAUGAGCAUCAUUGCUGGCAAGAAAAUGCUCAGGUGACCAGGAUAAAUUUUUUCUUAUUUAAUAUUUUGUUUCUUUUUCACUCCUAUCAGAGUAGAUAUUGAUGAUAACUUUGGUCAGUUAGACCGCUUUUAGAUUAGAAAUUCAUGUUUUUUUGUUUUUUUU